AUGUACCUGCCCUCAUCUUCCUGUAUCGUACUUUCAGUCACUGACACACAUGACAGCUUUACUGCCACUGAACUCUUGGACCUUGUGGCCGCGCUAGAAAUACCCGAGACUGUGAUCACGGUGUCUCGCCAUCGAUUCUCAGCCCUCGAGGCUUUUUGCCUCCUUUGUGCCCGGUUUCGCAGCGCUGCAGACUUACAUGAUCUUAUGAUCAAGUAUCGACGAAGCGCAGCUGCACUGUCUGAAGUAGUAAAUCAACUAGUUGUUCAUCUUGAUGACAUGUGGGGGCACUUACUCGGGCUCGACAACCACGCACUACUCUCCCAAGACCGUCUCAAAGUUUAUGCAGAUGCAACUUUGCGCGCCGGUUCCGUGGUUCCCCAUAUUUGGGCCUUCAUUGACUGCACUAUCCGUGCCAUAUGCCGACCAAGCAAACAUCAACGGCAGGCAUAUAAUGGUCACAAGAAGUAUCACGCUCUCAAGUACCAAGCUCUCGCCCUCCCAGAUGGGCUUAUUGGCCAUCUCCACGGACCUUUGGAAGGUCGCAGAGGUGACGGGUUUCUGCUCAGCGACAGUGGACUGCUGGACUGGUGCUCCGAACAUGCAAAAUGCCCAAGCAUAACCUCAGGCUCGGGCAACGGCACGGACAACAGCACGAAGGACACAUAUUACCGGUUAUACGGGGACCCCGCGUAUGGACUCAGUGACGUGCUCAUUAGUCCAUUCUCAGGUCCAGGAGAGAGAACACCAGAGGAGCGGGAAUUCAACGAAAGAAUGUCUUCGCUACGCAUGGAGGUUGAGCACACGUUCGGUAACGUACUCAACAAGUGGGGGUUUCUCCGGUCAAAAAGCAAGAUGAAGGUGUAUUCUUCUCCAGUAGGACGUUACUAUCGUGUCGGAGUCCUUUUAACGAACACCAUGAAUUGCCUUCGACCAAAUCAAACAUCCCAGUUCUUCCUGUGCUCGCCUCCUAGUCUUCGUGAAUAUCUCCAUCAUUAA